AUGGCAUCAACCAACCCACAAAAGAACCACAUAGCAGAAAUAAAAGCCCUCGCCUCAGAACUACAAUCCCAAAUCUCAACCGCCACCAUCCCUCCCCACUCUCUAUCCUUGGGUGCCGAUUUGUGUUGCAGAUUGGAUAAAUACCUUAGCAACCCGCUUCUGCUAUCCAGAGCAGGAGCAGCUUCCUCGCUUUCGUCUCGUCGGGAGCUUGAUUCAUGCGGGACGGGGUUGUGGAAUGCGUGUAUGCGGUUGAGAUCGAUUAUCCCAAAGAGCGAGUUGGGAUUGCUGAAUAGAGAGAAUGACCAACUGGACCUCGGGCUAGAUACUCUUGGAACGGCAGCAGCUAGGCUUAAUGCACUCGAGAAAUCCGAGAGUGGCGUUGAAACACAGUCCCUUGCUACGGAAUAUUACAUGCUUAGGGUUUUCCUGUCCUCACUUCAGGGAAGACCUGAUAUUGCUGAGCAUAUGUUUUCCAAAGUGGCAGAACCAAAGUUGGAGGAGGACCGAAAGAUCAUCCUUGAGAUAUGCUGCAAUGUAGGCACCUGGGCCAUGGCGUGCGGGCAAUAUGGUAUGGCUUCGAAAUGGCUGGAAAGAGCAGUCGGAUUGAAUGGGCUUUUGGGUCGUGGUUUUCGACAUGCCAGUCGUGGUCUGGAUGUGAGAUUGAUCGUUUUGCACACGCUUGCUCGUGCUUAUCUUCAAGUUGACACGACGGAUUCAUGGAAUCGACUAUUAAAAAUACUGAAGGUGCUGGAGGCUGAGUAUGGAGGCCAUUUUGCCAUAUUAUUGCUACGGACUGAGGUUCUCAGCAGACAAGCACAACCAAAUAUCCACGAAUACUAUGGCUGUGCUGCUCUCCAAGUUAUGGACCUUACGGAUGGGAGUAUAAAUGCAAUGUUCGUCUACAUUUUAAAGCUCAAAGACUGGAGUCUGGAGCUUACUUCACAAUCACUGCAGCGACUCCUCCUCCACGUUCAUUUCAACAAGAGAAUUUGGACAGAGCGAAUAUUUGUCACCUUCGUGUGGACGCUGACAGAUCUAGCUUUUUGCUCUCAGGAUGGUCUGGAUCGUCUCGAAGAUACAUUAGCUCAAUCGAGCACGCGGUGGCAGAGCCCGUUGAGCAUAGAAGCCUGCCAUGCCUGUUUGAUUUUGAUUUGGAGGAAAGUCGACGCUGUGAUGUCUCAGGGCAAUUAUUACAUUGCAGAACGAUGGUGUCAAUUUGUACUCGGUCAUUCAGCCUUUCAAAACUGUUCCUUUGCUAAUAAAGCUAAGUUUCAGAGGAGAUUGAUUAUUUGUGCUUGGGAGAAUUCGAAUUAUAUCCUAGCACGCGAGACAUUGAAUCGUAUGUCCGACGAUUGCAAAUCUCAUCCGUUAACGCUUUAUAUGAGGUAUAAACUAGCUUUGGUGGACGAAGAUAUUGAUACAGCAAUUAUAUACCAGCAACUACCCCAACUAGGCAAGUCUGGAACGGCCUACAUGCUGGCGUGUGUAGCAGAAGCUCGGAGAAUGGGCAAGACGGAGCAGGUCACUCAGGGACUUCAGCAUACUGUCGAAAGACUAGACAAUGGAUUCCCUGAAAGUAUUUUCAAUAUUCCAGGUCUUUUUCAAUCCACCCUGCACCUUCUGUCAAUGGAGCUGGAAAAUUACAAACCGGAUAAAGCUCAAAGCAUGAUAAUCGAACAAAUUCUCAGGGUAUUCGAAGCAGCUCUGAGGGAGGCAAACAGAGCAGAGGAGAAGAGUGCAGCGUUUUUGCCAACAGAGCUUGAAUGGUUCUUUAUCAAUAGCUACAAUUCAGCUUUGCAAUCACUAAAAUUCGCCUCUUCUAAAACGGCUGUGUCGUUACUUGACAUCUCUAUAAAUUUCGCCGAACUAUAUCAGCAAAAAGAACAUUCAAAUAAUGGAAUAGAUGUGCAUCGACAUUUCCUGCUGUGUGAUUUUCACAAAUCAACCGCGUUACUCUCCGAGGCACGUAUGGAGGAUGAUCCUCUCAUCAGAGAAACAUACUAUCGUAGUCUAAGAAGUUCCUCACAUAACUUCCGUACCCGUAUCCACUCACAUCUAGCGAAAAGCCCAGGAACUGAAACUGAACAACUCUACUGGACAAGGAAAUAUAGAGCAGUUAUCGCGUUCGACGUUGAAGCCACCGUAUCCUUGAAGCAGUGGAGUGACAUCGUCUCUAUUAUCGAGGAAGCAAGAGAAAUGGAAAUAGUGGAUGAUUGGCUUUUAUCGGUAUUCAUGGACUGCAUAUUAUCCUCUUCUUCUGUACCGGGUGAAGAGACACUGCGGAUUAUCGAGUUAAUCCUAUCUAUACUAGUACCAUCAGCAAACCCCAACCCCAGUUACAAAGACCAACCCCGCUACAUCCACUCCCUCUUCCACCUCUGCAUAUCCACACCAACAGAACAAACAAACCACUCAAAAACAAAACUAGCCGAAUCAAUCCUAUUCCACGCUCUAACCUUAGCCAGACAGGCCCGAAACGCUUCCACAACCAUAACUAGUACUGAUACUACUUCUCCUACUACUACUGCUGCUGCUGCCACGACUACCACCGGACCAGACCCAUACCCCGACGAAGAACUCGAAUGGCUCGCAACAGUCACGUUCAAUCGCGCCGUGGAUUUUUAUCUCACCUUCGCUGAAGAAGAUUGUAAACGGUGGGCUGGGAGGGCGAUUGAGCUGGCUGAUUUGUUAGAUGAUGAUGGGGCUUUGGGGCGGUUAUUACGGGUUAAUCUUGCGAGGUUGGGAGUUGAUAUGCAGGUUUGAUUGACUAUAUGCAAGACACGCUUGACGUAGGGCGGGUGGGAAUAGUAUUAUUAUGAAUGUAUUAUGUGGAUCUUAAAUGCGACUUGAAUCCCC